UGAAGUUUUACCGCCUCAUAGAGACCAGUCUACACAACAGAUCUCCUGGUAUUCAAACUUGGCUUUUUCCUUUGUCUGAAAUGUCAAUGGCAUCGCGUUUCUUCUCCCUGAUGCCGAGUAUAUUUACCUACACUAUCGCCGAGGGCUCAGACGUUCCAAAGUUGCCUCCAUCGUUGGUAGCACGUAUUCGGCAGCAGGAAUUGACAUCCCUUAUCGAAGAGCUUAUUGAUUGCAAUCGGCCACAUUCCUGUAUCGCUUGUACAGGUGGCCAUGGGAUUGGAAAGUCGGUGCUCGUCCUCCAAGCAAUCCGCGACCCAUCUGUUUCCGCCACCUUUCGUCAUCGUUGCUGGAUCAAUUGUCGCGCCCUCACCAACACAUCAAACUUUCUUGAAAUUUUGGCCAAGGAGAUGGGCGUUCCUUGUACUGAGUUUUCCUCAUCUGCGGGCGAAGUCCAGUUAGAGACACUAGUCGCUGCGAUCCGACGGCUUUCUGUCGUACGUCGGGUUAUCGUGCUCGAUGAUUUGGACCGCCUUUAUGCCCUCGAUAAAUCAUUCACAGAUGCGGUCAUCAAGUCACUCUCAAGCAUUGAUAAGCUCGUCCUUGUUUUGACUAUCAUUGGAUGGACGUCCGAUCCGCCCCACGAGAUAGAGUAUUUCUUGCAGCUGAAACCACUCUCUCCAGAGAUGGCACGAUAUCUUUUCCAAUCAGUUUACCCAGUUCCCCUCCAGCGAGACGCGCUGGACAAAUUAUUGGCACGUGUUAGGGGGAUACCCCAAUACAUCAUGAUCCUUGCCGAUCUCGUAUACUGGAGUCGGCUUCAGCUCAAGGAGUUGGUCCAGAUUGUUGACGACCCACAAAGCAAUCUUUUGGGGAUGCGAACUAAUCACGAUGUCAAAUCUUUGGAAGAAUCUAUUCGUGCAUAUCCGCCAGAGGACAGGCUUGAUCACCAUGCACUCUAUGUAUUCCGUUUCCUUGCCUCGCUGCCCGGAGGCAUAUCACAAACCCAAUUGCAGACACUGGUCGGAUUACCCGUGGAUACAUUCGCCUCGGCUUGUAAACAGAUAUCAGCCUUAGCCUACUUGGACAGUGAGCCUGGUGACCAUCUCAUCCUAUCAAGACCCCUCCGAGAAUAUGCCACCCGUACUUCUACAUUAGAUCCCCAAACCCAAGAUAUCUUCCUUAAACAGCUCAUCGCGCUUAUCGAAACAAAGGGAAGUCUUCGUCCCGGGACGCUCGACUUCCCUCAAAAGGUUCAGCAGUUCACGGCACAGAAGAUCAAUAUUGAGAAUCUUCUCUUCACCUUCCUCGACAUCGACUCCCCCAUUGCGGUCGAAGCUGCCUUACAUUUUUUGAAGCCGCGAUGUGCAAUGAAGCCCUCUUUGAAACUGGCGGCCAAGGUUGUGGAAGUUGCAGAAAGGAAAACAAUGCAUCUCCUUCCUUACGCCCUCCAAACCUUGGGGGAAGCACAAUACAACCAUAUGUUUGUAGGGGCUGCUGUACCACUUGCGAAAGCAGAGGCCCUCUUCAGCACCUCCAAGGACGAUGCUAGUGUUGUAGGUGAGAUGGAAUGCCAUGUUCUCCAGGCAGAGUAUGCUGCUCGUGGCAAUGUGAAUGGGACUGAGAAAGAGUGGAAACAAGCGGCAGAGUACGCACUCAUGCGCUUGUCAACUUUGAGCAGCGAAACUGGAAAGCGGGGCUAUGCGCACAGUCUCCUGACACUUGCUCGAUUGUCGGAAGGCGAAGAACAAGAUCUACUGGUCGCGAAAGCUCAUACUCUCUUCAAGGAUUUGGAAGAUGGAUACGGGCUGAUCCUUUGUGACUUCUAUUCUCGAAGCAUCAGCGCAAGUCGAUGGCUAACUUGGCCCUUAAAUUCGAGGUCUUCAUGGACUUUGAAAUGGCAGCGACAUGCUAUACGACUGCAUUUCAGCUGCGUCAUUCCGGGAUGUAGAAUAUAUCAAGGUCAAUGGGAUCAGGGAAUUGAUCCUCGAGACAGUCACCUGUCUACCCCAAUUCCUCGAUUGGCUGAAGAAAGCCAUUGACCUUUAUGAGCUUCUGGGACGGGAUCUUGACGUUGCAUUCUGCCAAUACCAUCUCGCCCAGCUUCUUCUACCUGCGAAGGCCAUCGACCUAUAUUCCCAAGCCAUUUACAAGUUCGCUCGCUCCGACUUUACCCAUCACCGCGAGCGCAGCACCCUCGACCAGUGCUACUCACUGGUAGAGGCGAAGGAGUACUCCGCAGCCGUC